AUGCCUUCAGCAACAACCACCAACCCAACGACAAGUUCGCACGACGAAAACGGGUUCACGACCUACUUCGACGACGCAGUAGAAGACUUCCUCAAAGACCUCCCACUCGACAAAGACAACGCCUCCGCGAACCGCAGCAAUGCACGAGCCGAAGAAAGCACAACGAAAGACAUCGACGAAGAAGUGCGCAUCAAACGCGCGCGCCGCCCGACCGCCAAACUCGACGACACUCGCCUCCUCUCAUCCAACGGCAUCCCGCGCCUCCGCAAAAUCUCCAAAACGCGCCUCAAGUUCCGCGGCAAGGGGCACGAGUUUACGGAUAUUGCGAACUUGCUGAGUAUGUACCAGCUGUGGCUGGACGAUUUGUUUCCGAAGGCGAAGUUUAGGGAUGCGUUGGGUAUGGUGGAGGCGGUGGGGCAUAAGAAGCGGUUGCAGGUUAUGAGGAAGGCGUGGAUUGAUGAGACGAAGCCGUUUAGGAAUAACGAGACGACGGUGGAGGAAGAGGAGGUGCGGAUGAGUGGUGGACUUCCGGGCGAUACAGGCAGAGGGGCAGACGCGGAAGCUGAAGAGGUAGGGGUUUCCGGUGUGGUGACGGCGGCGCAUUCAACAUCAAUCGAUGCUCCGGAUGAUGAUGAGCUGGAUGCCUUGUUGGCGGAGAACACCAACGCUACAACAACUCAAAAGGCGAGCCAGCCUCCGCCACAGAGGGGACCGUUCGAAGAGGAGGACAUAGACGAUGAUGAGCUGGAGGCGUUACUCGCCGAGGAGCCCGAAGCGAACACAGUUGCAAAGCAAGCCAGUGCGCCCAUGAGCAAUGACAAAGCCACGGGAAGGACACCACCAAGAGAAGACGACUUUGCAGACGAAGAAGACGCCAUGGCAGACAUGGACUUGUGGUGA